CGUGUGUCCAGGGAAAGAAGGCGAAUCGUACGGAUCCAGUACCCGAUGCUGUUAGCAUUGGGGCUGCUCCUGGUGCUGCCGAACGCCAGAGCUGUUCGCCAACAAUCGAACCUUCUUCUACCAUUCACGAACACCUCGUACGGGUUCGCCAGGGGCGCGUCUAAUCGCGGUAUUUCAGUCACCAGGAUCCUACAGGACGGCGAACUCGAACAGGUCAUCCGCCUACCUGGAAUCUGCGCCAAGGAGACCAUUGUCAAUUGGGGAGAUACAGACGUAGCACUGAGGCAAGUCUGGCUACAGGAGACGGCCAGAAAGUUGCAACUGAUAUACGAGGGUGACACGCUGACCGACUGUGUGGACGAAGAGCUCACCGAUGAUGACGAGGGAUCCUGUACUUCGAGUGCACACUCUGUCGACGAUUACGACGAUGACGGAGCGUCUGUCGAGUUGUUCGACGUGGACGUGCAGAAGGACGCGUUGAGAAUUCCAGAAAGCCUCUCCUGGCUCUCAUCCACGUCUGAGCUGCGUCAUCGGUGCGCCCAUGUGAGGAACAGGGCGAGAAAUCAGCUGGUUGCUCAACAUCGACGAAGGAAAUAUUCGAAGCUCCUGAACAGAACAAGCAGCAGCCACCGGCAGAGACGAGGCAAAAGCCGGUCGCGAAGGGACCUGCUGAUGAUCCCUGGGACACAAUGGUGUGGCCGCGGUCACCGUGCCACGAAAUACACGAAUCUGGGCGGUUUUGGCACAGCGGACGCCUGCUGUCGCCGACACGACACCGCGUGUCCCUUUUUCAUCCCUGCCUUCGAGACGCGCUACGGCCUUUUCAACUGGGGCAUCUCGAGCAUGAUGCAUUGUACCUGCGACGAACGAUUUCGUACAUGCUUGAAGAUGGCUGGUACAGCACCAGCGAAUUUUAUCGGCAAGAUCUUCUUCGAUGUUCUGAGAACGAAGUGUUUCAUACUGAAGCCGCAGAAGGUUUGCACAAAAUGGUCCUGGAUGGGCAAGUGCCAACAUCACGAGUAUAGAAAACAGGCUCACGUUCGCGACAAUGUUCCUUAUUAUUAA